CAACAGGCCGUUUUUAUCUCGUGCCUAUUUCCGUCUGUUUUCCCUUGCCUGAGCCAGCGUCCUGUGGGCUGCAUUCUGCCGAGGGUCUGGCUGGAGAGGCCUUGGCCUCUUCCUGACCUCAAGGCAGCUCUCCUGAGGAAGGGAGCCCAUUUCCUGUUCGCAGACGUGUCUCUGUCCCGUGUGGUCACAGAGAUGCUUCCAGGGUUUGGAGUCUCCUGGCUUCACUGGGAAGAUUGGGACUGAGAAAGGGAGCAGGACAGAACCAGAUAAGACCAAGGUUGGGAAGGGCUCCUGAGAUCCAAGGUCUCAGAGGUGAGAAACAGCAGGGGGGCUUCCUGGCCCGGGCCACCCUCCUCCUGCUAAAUGAAGACCUCCUCACUCCUCGCUCCUCCCAGACCCUCCAAUUCAUAUGGGGGGGACAGAAGUGUUUGUCAUCAGCCAGGUCUCUCUAAAGUAGGCAGAAGGGCACCCCCAUAGCCCUGCACCCACUGCCGGUUUGGAGAAGGGGUGGGGCAUGUUGGGGCCGGUCAGGAGCAGAGGGGGGGAGGACACCAAAGGGGAGGCACCUGCCAAACAAAAGAAGGGGGGCCUUCGAAUGCCCCCCAUGUGGGGGCCAAAGAAAGAGGGUGGGAGACCAGCAGGGCUGCACCACCACCCAGCAAUGCCAAGGCCAGGCCCCUCCCUGAACCGGACCCUGGGGGUUGGGGACACCCCCCCACCGCGGCCACCCUCCGCCCCCGAUUCCCUGUACAAGCUGCAGGCUCAAAGGUUCGAGCCCUCACCGCCGUGGCCGCCCCUGUGAGCUCCCCCCACCCGCUGCGCAGAUGGAGGAGGGACUCGCUGCUGGUCCGCGCCCCCUCCCCGCGCGCGGGCGGCGGUGACAUCACGGCCACGGCUGGAGGGGCGGCGCCGCGCGCACAUCACUUCCUCGGCGCCUCCCGCCGGCGCGGACGGACGGUGGACGGUGGACGGUGGACGGUGGACGGUGGACAGUGGGCGCUCAGGGCGGCGCGAGCAAGGGUGCACGGCUCCGGCCCUCGGCGACCCCGGCCCCAUGGCGGGCCCGGCCCCGCCCGCCGCCGACGAGCUGCCCGGCCCGGCCCGGCGCCUCUACUCCAGGAUGGAGGCCUCGUGCCUGGAGCUGGCCCUGGAGGGUGAACGUCUCUGCAAGGCCGGGGAUUUCAAGGCAGGCGUGGCCUUCUUCGAGGCCGCCGUGCAGGUGGGCACCGAGGACCUGAAGACUCUGAGCGCCAUCUACAGCCAGCUGGGCAACGCCUACUUCUACCUGAAGGAGUACGCCCGGGCACUGGACUACCACCGGCACGACCUGCUGCUGGCCCGGACCAUCGGUGACCGCAUGGGGGAGGCCAAGGCCAGCGGGAACCUGGGCAACACGCUCAAGGUCCUGGGCCGCUUUGACGAGGCUGUCGUCUGCUGCCAGCGGCACCUGGACAUCGCCCAGGAGCAGGGGGACAAGGUCGGGGAGGCGAGGGCACUCUACAACAUCGGCAACGUGUACCAUGCCAAGGGCAAGCAGCUCUCUUGGAACGCCGCACAGGACCCUGGGCACCUGCCGCCUGAUGUUCGCGAGACACUGCGCAGGGCCUCCGAGUUCUACGAGAGGAACCUGUCCCUGGUGAAGGAGCUGGGGGACCGGGCGGCCCAGGGCAGGGCCUACGGCAACCUGGGCAACACCCACUACCUGCUGGGGAGCUUCGUGGAGGCCACGACCUUCCACAAGGAGCGCCUGGCCAUCGCUAAGGAAUUUGGAGACAAGGCGGCCGAGAGGAGAGCCUACAGCAACCUGGGGAACGCCCACAUCUUCCUGGGGCGCUUCGAUGUGGCCGCUGAGUACUACAAGAAGACGCUGCAGCUGUCGCGGCAGCUCCAGGACCAGGCAGUGGAGGCGCAGGCCUGCUACAGCCUUGGCAACACCUACACGCUGCUACAGGACUACGAGCGGGCCGCUGAGUACCACCUACGGCACCUGCUCAUCGCGCAGGAGCUGGCUGACAGAGUGGGCGAAGGCCGGGCAUGCUGGAGUCUGGGGAAUGCCUACGUGUCCAUGGGGAGCCCAGCGCAGGCCCUGACAUUUGCCAAGAAGCACCUGGAGAUCUCCCAGGAGAUCGGGGACCGCAACGGGGAGCUCACGGCCCGCAUGAAUGUGGCACAGCUGCAGCUGGCGCUGGGCCGGCUGACCAGCCCGGCGGCCGCGGAGAAGCCUGACCUGGCUGGCUACGAGGCCCAGGGGGCCAGGCCCAAGAGGACGCAGAGGCUGAGUGCGGAGACCUGGGACCUGCUGAGGCUCCCCCUGGAGAGGGAGCAGAAUGGAGACAGCCACCAUUCAGGGGACUGGCGGGGGCCGGGCAGGGACCUGCUCCCCCUCCCUGUGAGGAGCAGGAAGUACCAGGAAGGGCCAGACACCACUGAGAGGAGGCCGCGGGAGGGCGGCCACUCCCCGCUGGACAGCGCGGACGUCCGGGUGCAGGUGCCUCACACGAGUGUCCCUCGGGCCCCGUCCGCUGACGAGGAGUGCUUCUUUGAUCUGCUGAGCAAGUUCCAGAGCAGCCGCAUGGACGACCAGCGCUGCCCCCUGGAGGAGGGCCAGCCCGGGGCCGCCGAGGCCACGGCUGCCCCCAACUUGGAGGAGAGGAUCGCCCGGCCCCGCCCAGCCUCAGGCCUGACCCGCAGUGGCCCUGCCGCAGCCCAGCCCUCGCUGACAGCCUCCCCCCAGACCGAGGAGUUCUUCGACCUCAUCGCCAGCUCGCAGAGCCGCCGGCUGGAUGACCAGCGGGCCAGCGUGGGCAGCCUGCCCGGACUGCGUAUCACGCACAACAACCUGGGGCACCUGCGCGGUGACGGGGACCCCCAGGAGCCAGGGGAUGACUUCUUCAACAUGCUCAUCAAGUGCCAGUCCUCCAGGAUCGACGACCAGCGCUGCCCACCACCCGACGUGCUGCCCCGCGGCCCCACCAUGCCCGACGAGGACUUCUUCAGCCUCAUCCAGAGGGUGCAGGCCAAGCGGAUGGACGAGCAGCGGGUGGACCUCGCUGGGAGCCCGGAACAGGAUGUGGGCGGGCCGCCUGAGCCCCGACAACAGUGCCAGCCGGGCGCCAGCUAAGGCCUCACGCCCACCAGCCAGGCCCGCCCCACCCCCACUCCUGGACGCCGGGUUGGGGGCUCACAGCUGUCCAGGAUGCCCAUGGCCCCCCGAGAAGCCAAAUCCUCCCGGGGCCAUGGCUAAGGGCAGGCUGUGAGCCCACUGAGCCGGACACUGAGCACACAGCCCACAUGGCGUCCCCUCCCCAGGGCGGCAGGCUCGGGCAGCUCUGGGGAAGGGCAUGCUUUGGCCCGGGCCGGCCCCCACAUGGUACACGGCUUCCUGCAGGCCGGCCCGGCCCAGCCUUGCCCUCACCCUGGCCCCUGCCCCCGGCUGGGCCUUCAGCAUGUCGGCCCCAAACCCUGGUGCUGUCUAGACCCUCCGUGCCCUCUCCCUGCCCCCUGCCCAGCUCCGUCCUGCUGGCCAAAUGUGAAACCCUGCCCCUCCCCCAAGCCCCCAAAGCUGUCUCUGAGGCCUCUUCUCUGGGCCAUUUCUGUCCUCCCAAGGCUGGUCCCAGGGAUGCCCGUGCACAGACAUGCUUGCCCCAGUCCAGGCCUCUCCCCUCCGGGGGGGCGCCCUCUAGCCCCUCUUCCCUCCCUCCUACCCGGCUGGAGGAGGAGGAGGAGGGCAGGCACGGAGAGCCCCGAGGCAGGCCCGGUGCCCCCCACCCUGACGCUUCAGGUCCAGCCCUGCCGUGCGCUGCCACCCUGUCUCACGCAGUGGGGAGGGAUGGGGAGGAGCCCACCUUCCUCCACUCCAAGCCCCGCAGCCAGGAACGGGCCACCUGGUCCCGGGGAUUCCGAUUGGCAGCGAGGUCUGUCCCCCCAGGGUGUCAGGGCGGGCGGCGGGCGCGGGGCCUCCAGCUCUGCAGCCAUGGGGGAGUCUGGGGUCAGCUCAAGUCAGCCCCGUCCCCCCAUGAGCUCCCAGCCCUCACUCCCAGCAGCCGGGGGAGAUGCCGUCCCUGCCUCGUCCCGUGGGGAGUGUCGAGUCGGCCCUCAGCGUGGGGCAGGAGUCAGGCCCCCUCGGGGACCGUGGCCUUGGCCCACCCCCUGUGGGGCCCACCACCAGCCUUCUGGAGCGUUCCUGGGGGGAGCCAGAACCCCACCCCCAGAGUGUGAGGCAGCACCUCCCUGGGGGCCCUGGCCCGGCCCCACGGUCCUGCUCUCCGAGCGUGGGGAGGCGGCAGGACCGCGCCCUGCAGCACAGCCUGGGGGCCUCCAGUGAUGACCGCUCUGAAGGGGCGUGGGGCCCCGGGGGCAGGCGGGCUGGUGGGCAUGGGACAGACGGAGCACAGGCCGUGUGGCCGCCCUGUACUUGAAUGUACUGCGUAUUUAUUCCUCACACGUGUUUGCAAUGUUGUCAGUAGGUCCUUUCAGACCCAAGAGGUACAUUGUUUUUCUGUUUUUUCCCAAAAAAUAAAGUCUGCCAAGUGAA